AAAAGAACUCAUUAUUAUUAAAACACUUAAAAAAACAACUAUAUACUAUCACAAUGGAGUCGUCUUUCUACUUCCAAUUCUCCCCGGCGGCGGAGGAGUCUUCCUUUGGUAACUACUCAUUGGAAUCACUUUCAUGGAGCGACUUGCUUAGUUUCAACGACACCGUAGUUGAAGAACUCGUGAACCCAGAACUACAAUACGACGUCGUUAAAGAAGAGCCGAUAGAGGUAACUUCGAAUCCAAACGACGACGUAGUAGGAGUCCUACAAAACAAUAAGGGCAACAAGGAAAUGACUAAAAAGUCUUAUAGAGGGGUGAGGAGAAGGCCUUGGGGGAAGUACGCCGCCGAGAUAAGAGACUCGACGAGGAAAGGCAUUCGUGUUUGGCUCGGAACCUUCGACAGCGCCGAGGCCGCGGCGCUGGCCUACGACCAGGCUGCAUUUGCGUUGAGGGGUUCCUUGGCCGUGCUUAACUUUCCCAUCGAUGUUGUACGACAAUCACUUCAUCAAGAAAUGAAGUACUGUCGUUUCGAUGAUGAUGUGGCCGAGGGGCCGUGCAGUGCCUCGCCGGUGGUGGCCCUCAAGAGGAGGCACUCUAUGCGGCGGAAGAGAACCAGCACCGGAGCUAAUAAUAACAAGAAGAACAAGAAUAAUAAGGAGGCUCCGGCGGCGCAGAGUAGUGUGGUGGUUUUGGAGGAUUUGGGAGCUGAGUACUUGGAACAACUUUUGAGCUUGAGUAGUUCAUCGGAAACGACUAGUAGUUCAAGUACUACUACUAGUUCUCCUAGUAAUGAUUUUAUUGAAUCAUUACUAUCAUUUUGAUGAACAUAUAUAAUUUUCUUAAUCUUUGAUUUGUAUUUUUUGGUAAUUAAUUAGGUUAGUUCAUAUCAUCAUUUCCCUAAUUAUAUUCCAUUUUUUAUUUCUCUUUUUUUUUUUUCUGUAAUUGUUUUAUUUUGUUUUUUGAUGAUCUGUGGUCGAUAGGACCAAAGAGCCAAGAUCUUAAGAAAAGAUUUCAAGGAUGUCAUGGUAGUGGGGUAUAAUUAAUUAAUAGAUAUAUAUAUAUAUAUGUAUAUUUCUAUUAAAAAAAAAGUUUCUUUGUAAAAGUUUGAAAAGGAUAGGAUAGGAAUGCAAAAUUAUAAAUAUAUACAAAAUUUGUUAUUAAACAUUA